AUGAGAUUAUAUUUAAUGGUAGUAGUUAAUUUUAUUGAAUUAUAUGCUGUUUCUUAUGCCAUUUCAAACCGGUGUAAUACAUUAGCUGUAAACAGGAAGUAGCGUCACUUGGAACUUGCGCAGAACAAAUUGGGGAACAAAGCCCUAGCUAGCAGCGUUAGCUCCGUGUGAACAGUGAAAGCGCGAAGACGGUGGUUUGUUCGUGUGUCGCAGGUCAGUUGUUGACGAAGCAGCGAUGUCUUCACUUCCAUAUUUGAGAGAUUGAAUCCACAGACGACUAACUGCUGAAGACAUAUUCACACACGUAGAAAGAAUCGUCACCGAGUACGAGAAAGAGAUGAAUCGUCAGCACAAACUGUUGGAGGUCGCUUGGAAACCUAAAGUCAAGUUACAGCGGAUCGAGCUUCCACCGAAAGAUGUUCUUAAGGAGGAGGAGGUUCUCACUGAGCAGCAGCUCUGUAACCAGGAGAGGAACUCCAGUCUGUACAAGGAGGAACCAGAGUCUCUACAGAUUAAAGAGGAAGAGGAGGAAAUCUGCACCAGUCAGGAGCAGGAGCAGCUUGAACUGAAGCAGGAGACCUUUAUGUUGACUCCUAAUAAUGAAGAAAGUGAUCACAUGAAACCAGACACUGACCACCAGCUCCUCUCUGCUGUAGCUGAGAGUCAAGAACAGACAGGAAACAAACAUGUAGAAAUUACCAUUGUUGAGUCCAAAGAAGAGAAGGCUCGUCAGCGCAGACUGAUGAAGAUCCUUUGGAAACCUGUAGUAAAGUUACAGCGGAUAGAGGUUCCACAGCAGAAUGUUAAAAAGGAGAAGGAGGAGGGUCUCACUGAGCAGCAGCUCUGUAACCAGGAGAGGAACUCCAGAGGCUGA